UUCGUGUAAACACUGUAAACAAAGCAUCCUCCGGCUGCCCCCGAAGUAAUUUGACAGUUAAACUCUUUCAAAUGGAACCUGUAUCGAAAAAAGUGAAGCUUGGCUCCGGUACGAGUGACGACAAACAAAUCGAUCCCGAAGAAGACGAGAAACAAGAAUCGCUGCCAGUGGUUUUAAACUAUGAUGAAUUGAGAACAGUAUUCAAGUUUAUGAAAGCCAUUGAUGUUUUGAGAGCAGCUCAAGUUUGCAAAUCCUGGAAAGUCGCUGCUUACGAUGAGGUGGAAAGUAGACAAUAUCCCGAGUAUAUUGUUGAACAAUUUCAAAGUGUCGGUAGUUCAAGACGCAAACAAAUCUGUAACAAACAGAAGGUGAAAAAGGUCCAUUUGCUAGCUAUAGAUUUGAGUAUCAAGCCUCAUCUUGGUUUUAUUUUCAUGAGAACAAAUGUGCACAAGAAGAAGGGCGUCACAACGUGGGAUCCAAAUCUGUACUUCUUUAAUGGUCUCCCAUCAAGCUGCACGCCUCUUAUGAUUUCAAGUGCUUAUGAUAUUGUUGCCAAUCACGAAGAUACGAAUGAAAAAAAUACUGUUGUAGCAACUUUUUUACCGAAAAUUCCAAACUUAUCAGUGGACAGGCAUAAUAUAUCUUUUACAGAAGGACAUAUAAAUAUAAAGAAAGAGAAAGCUUUGUUAAAAAAAUUUUUUGAGGACUCUGUGUGGAAUUGUAAUCAACAGUCCAAGUGUGUCAUCUUAUUGACAACUGGAGAGGCUUGCGAACUGUCGAAAUAUGCAACCGAAUAUUUUCAAAGCAUGUAUAAACCAGGAACAGUUGCUCUGUGGGGUGGAGUUGCUGCAAAUCUAACAAAUUGUUCAUCCAAACAGUAUGCUGCGUGUUCUAAUGUGGUCCCACCAUGUUUAACUCCUAUUGUAUGUGGGGUUUUAUGCAUAUCAAGUCCUUCUUUACAAUCUUGGUCUAUUGUACUGCCCGAAUCUUGUACCUCCAAAAGUGAAAUGGAAAAACGAUUGCGGGCUUUCAAAGAGAACAUUCAGCUGAAGAAAUAUUCUUUAGCCUUGAUGUGCGCUUGUGUCGCUCGGGAGGGUAACACGCAUACAGAAAUCCGAACGUUCAAGGAAGUAUUUCCGGGGAUCGACCUGGUUGGUUUUCUUGGUGAUGGAGAGUAUGGCUUAGAUACAUUAAAUAAAGAACGAGAUAAGAACCUGGAGCUCUCAUAUUCAACUGUUUUUCUUAUAUUAACUUAUGAAUGAAAAACUCAAUAACCCAAGUCUAAUCACAGUUAAAAUGGUAAAAGAGAUGUUCUAUAUUUUGUAAAAGGCUGGCACUUUAUUACUCAGACAGUAGACAAGUAACGAGCUAUCGAUGUGAAUUAUGGAUCAAGGAAGAUUUUCUUUAAAAAUUGGCUGUCCUGCUGGAUUACUUGAUACUGCCUGUAGCUGACUAUGAACAAAAAUAUUGUUUAUAGAACAAAAUUAAUAUUUUCAUGAAAAUUUUGUAGGUAAAUGUUAAAUAAAUCUACGAAAACAACGACCAAGUGCUCAACGCAUCCCAUUCGGCGUCUAACGUCUCCCAUUUUGUCCGAGAAAUCAACGUAAAAAAAAAAAAUGUUCUUCAUUGCAUGCAAUUGCACAAAUCUUCUGAUACGUUGCUUCGCCUAAAAUAAGAGCCAGACGCAGUGAAUGUAAAUAAAGGUGUAAGGAUGAUUUUGGAUAA